AUGCCUAGAGAUCCACUUUUGGAACGACACGUCGGCGAUCUCGGCAAUAUUGAAACUAAUGCUGAUGGUAGAGCCUAUGCAGGAUUGGUUGAUCGAAUCAUUUCGCUUAGAUCUAAUGACACAAGAAAUGUUAUUGGUUUACCUCUUAUGAUCCACAAUUUGACUGAUGAUGGAGGUCAUACUGGCAAAGGCGAAAGUAACACCACCGGAAAUGCCGGUCCUCGAAUAGCAUGUGGAACAAUACGUCUUGGUUGA